UGGGUCUUGCUUCUCCCCGGAGAUAUGCGAACAGUUUUGUAGUCACCUCCCUGUUCCAAUAAUCUCAGUUUCAUGAACUUUUGGCUGGAGGUUUAAAUCCCCUUCUCCCCACUGCCCUGUCAGUGAUCAGGCCUCCCUCACAUUUCAGACUGAGAUCUCCUCCUUCAUUUCCUCCAGCCGCCUUCACUUGUGCUUUCCCUGUUCUUGUGACUCCUGGUUCUUCCAUAUGCAGCAGUUUCUUGGCAACAUGAUCUCCCUUUGCCUUCUCAGCACGUUCACACCAUCUCCAGGUCAUUGUGCACGAAUGCACUAAGAGCUGUUCAUUGGGGGAAGAUUCUGAUUUCCUCCCUGUUUGGCCUAGCGUGUCCUCUCCAGACACAUUUAAUGAUCCUAGCAUGCUCUGUUCUGUGAAAUCUAAAUUCCCUUUCUCCCCUAGUUAGGACCUGGCACAAGUCAAUAGAUAGUCUUACCAGCCUCUGCUGCUACAACAGGAGAUGAUGCGUUUCCUCAACUGCUCCUCUGGCAACACGUGUACACGUUGUGUGACCCCAGUUUGUCUGCCAAGGGGUCCCUGGAAGCUGCUGUCCACAUCCCUUCCUAACAUCUUCAUCUCCAUAGACCAGAAACUUGGUCUUUGCUGGGUUUUUUACAGGCUGUGCUCUCCAGCUCCCUCUCCCACUCUCAGAAGCUUUCUUGUGCUCUUCCUAAAAUCCCUCUGCUGAUCGGAUGCCCAUUAUUGUGAUGACAAGAAGUGGGCCAGCUGCAGGACCUAGUGAGAACCAGUUUUCAUUUCCAGAGGAUGUUUAACGCAGGGGUUUGUACUUGCAUGUGUGCAGAGUUGAGGUACUGAGCUUUUACUAGGUCAAUUUGCUUUUCUGAUGCUUUCUUUCUUUGCCCCAGAGGAUUUCCUGUGGGAAGUGCUUCAAUGUUUUGUCUUGCUCGGCAAAGAUCAUCUUGACCGUUUGUAUAUUAUGACCUUUCACGUGCCGUGCAAUGUAUCUCUUUCACUCUCCUUGUGUCCAUACCCAUGACGCCCAGGAACUUGUUGUUCAACCCUGCAGUACUUGCCAGCCAGUGCCCUCAUCACCCCUCCUGGGACGAUCCUCCCAAUGGAUGGGAUGAUUUCUCAGCUGCAUUUUUUUUAAUGAAAUCACCCUUUGCUGUCCCUCGGCAUGAUGAAUUUAUCUCUCUCCCAGAAAAAAGUUUCAGUGUCAGCACCUGUCCUGGGUGCUUUUCAUUGCCAUGAGUCCCCUCACUAAGCUCAUCUUCACUUCUUUUCAUGCAGUUUCACUGAUAAGAUAAAUGUUAUCCAUCCAUAAGUGCGUCCCAUAUCUCUUCUUUUUGGUACAUUGAAAGCAGCGAAAGCUUUGCUUUUGUUUUCAGUAUAUCAAAGAUUUCAUAGAUUUUUAGGGUCAGAAGGAGUCUCAGGAGAUCAUUGAGUCUGACCCCCUGCCCUCGGCCAGAAAGCGCGCUGGGCUCAGACAACCCCAGCCAGUUGCAUGUCCAGCCUCCUCUUAAAGAUCCCCCGGUAUGGGAGACCACCAGCUCCAUUGGAGCCCAUUCCAGAUUCUGGCAACCCUUACCGUGAAAAGUUCUUCCUGAUGUCUUACCCAAAUCUGCUCUCUGCCAGUUUGUGGUCAUUUUAUCUAGUUACUCCAAGGGGUGUCCUGCUAAACAGAGUAUUCCCUAUUCCUGCUGUCUCCCUCCAAUGAAUUUGUAGAUGGCUGCUAGAUCACCUCUUAGCCUUCUCUUGCAGAGGCUGAAGAGAUCCUGGUCUCAAUCUGUCCAGGUAGGGCUUUGCCUGCAGGCCCCUAACCAUCAUACGUGUAGACCUCCUCUGGACCCUCUCAAGGUUGUCCACGUCCCUCUUAAAGUGCAGCACCUGAAACGGGACACUGUACUCCAACUGUGGUCUUACCAGUGCCCCAUAGAGGGGAUGUGUCACCUCCCUACACCUGUUGGUUAUGCACCUGCCAGUGCAUGAUGCAGUGCGUAUAGCUUUACUGAUCACUUACAGUCUCUUAAGUGUGUUGGAGAUUCCUUCUCCCUAGGUGCAGUAUCUUGCAUUUGUCUUUGUGAACCUGCAUCCUAUUCUGUGCUGCCCACAUGUCCACCCUGUCCUUAACCCCCUGAAUGUGUUUCCUGCCCACCAGUGUGUUUACUUAGGCCCAUAAUUUAGUGUCGUCCUUGAAUUUGGAGAAAGUGCUCUCCAUGCCCUCAUCCAAGUCACUGAUGAAGAUAUUGAACAGCGCUGGUCCAAGGACUGAACCUUGGGGGACUGCACUGCCUAUACCUUUCCUGGUUGAUACCAACUCGUCCACCACCACUGUCUGGGAUAUCGAGGUCCCACACCUGACUUAAUCUGCAACAUCCAGCGAGGACAGGUGGAGCUCUGGGUCUGUGAUGAUGAGGACACUGGGGAACUCUCAAGAUCAAAGGACCAGCUGCCAGGAGGUGCCAGGAUGCUGAACAGAGCUGAGGAGCAGCCUCCUGUGGAAGGGUCUGCAGACCUGGAGCCAGUACAGACGUCCUCGAGGAGUUUGGUUGAGAUGGACUCCCUGAGACCUGAGAAGGAGCCAUGGCACGAGAGUCAAGGGAGACCCCAAAAGCAGAAGGAGAAGGACCUGUGCAUCCACCUAGAGAGCAAGACACACCACUGCACUGAGUGCAGGAAGAACUUCAUGUGCUUGCAAGACCUGUCCCAGCACAAGUGUGUGCAGCACCACUGCACCAAGUGUGGGAAGAGAUUCAGGCAGCUCUCCAACCUGGCAAGGCACUGGUGCAUGCACACAAGAGAGAAGCCACAUCAGUGCUCAGAGUGUGGGAAGAGCUUCACUUACUCCUCCCAGCUGGCUCUCCACCAGCGUAUCCACACAGGGGAGAAGCCACAUCAGUGCUCAGAGUGUGGGAAGAGUUUCUCUCAGUCUGCCCACCUGGCUCAGCACCAGCGUAUCCACACAGGGGAGAAGCCACAUCAGUGCUCAGAGUGUGGGAAGAGUUUCUCUCAGUCCGCUCACCUGGCUCAGCACCAGCGUAUCCACACAGGGGAGAAGCCACAUCAGUGCUUAGAGUGUGGGAAGAGUUUCUCUCAGUCUGCCCACCUGGCUCAGCACCAGCGUAUCCACACAGGGGAGAAGCCCCAUCAGUGCUCAGAGUGUGGGAAGAGCUUCACUCACUCCUCAACCUUGGCUCAGCACAAGCAUAUCCACAUGGAGCAGAAGCCACAUCAGUGCUCAGAAUGUGGGAAGAGCUUCACUUUCUCCUGCAGGCUGGCUCAGCACCAGCGUAUCCACAGGGGGGAGAAGCCAUUCCAGUGCUCAGAGUGUGGGAAGAGGUUCACUCAGUCCUCUACCUUGGCUCAGCACCAGCAUAUCCACACAAGGGAGAAGCCUCAUGUGUGCUCAGAGUGUGGGAAGGGUUUCACUCAGACCUCCAGCCUGGCUCUGCACCAGCUUAUCCACACAGUGGAGAAGCCAUAUCGGUGUUCAGAGUGUGGGAAGAACUUUGCUAACUCCAUUAGGCUGGCUCAGCACCAGCGUAUCCACACGAAGGAGAAGCCACAUCAGUGCUCAGAGUGUGGGAAGAGCUUCAGUCACUCCUACAAGCUGGCUCAGCACCAGCGUAUCCACACGGGGGAGAAGCCACAUCAGUGUUCAGAGUGUGGGAAGAGCUUCAGUCACUCCUCCACCCUUGGUCAGCACCAGCUUAUCCACACAGGGGAAAAGCCAUAUCAGUGCUCAGAAUGUGGUAAGAGCUUCAGUCACUCCUCCAACCUGGCUCAGCACCAGCGUAUCCACACAGGGGAAAAGCCACAUCAGUGCUCUGAGUGCGGGAAGAGCUUCGCUAACUCCUUUAGGUUGUCUCAACACCAGCGUACCCACACUGGGGAGAAGCCAUAUCAGUGCUCAGAAUGUGGGAAGAGGUUCAGUCACUCCUCCAACCUGGCUCAGCACCAGCGUAUCCACACAGGGGAGAAGCCACAUCGGUGCUCAGAGUGUGGGAAGAGCUUCACUCAGUCCUCUACCCUGGCUCAGCACCAGCUUAUUCACACAGGGGAGAAGCCACAUCAGUGCUCAGAGUGUGGGAAGAGCUUUGCUAAGUCCUCCAAGCUUGCUCAGCACCAGCGUACCCACACAGGUGAGAAGCCAUAUCGGUGUUCAGAGUGUGGAAAGAGCUUCACUCACUCCUCCAACCUGGCUCAGCACCAGCGUAUCCACACAGGGGAGAAGCCACAUCAGUGCUCAGAGUGUGGGAAGAGCUUCACUCAGUCCUCUACCCUGGCUCAGCACCAGCGUAUCCACACAGGGGAGAAGCCGCAUCAUUGCUUAGAGUGUGGGAAGAGCUUCACUCACUCCUCCACCUUGGCUCAGCACCGGCGUAUCCACAUGGGGGAGAAGCCACAUAAGUGCUCACAGUGUGGAAAGAGCUUCACUUAUUCAUCCCGAUUGGCUCAGCACCAGCGUAUCCACUUGGGGGAGAAGCCAUAUCAGUGCUCAGAGUGUGGGAAGAGCUUUUCUCAGUCCUCACACCUAGCUCGGCACCAGCUUAUUCACAUGAGGGAGAAGCCAUAAUAGCGCUCAGAGUGGGAAGAGCUACAUCUAAUCUUCCCACCUGCCUGGCACCAGCAUAUCCACACAGAGGAGAAACCACUUCUGUGGUCUGAGAGUGGGAAGUGCUUCCUCCACUCCUCCAAACUGGCCUAGACCAGUGCAUCCCUAUGCAGAAGCAUCCAUAGUUCUGCCCGCAAUACAGGAAGGGUUUGGAGAUGUAUACUGGCUCAUCACUCACCAGUGUCUGCAUCCAGGGAGGCAGUCUCAUGCUGGGGGACUGCAGCAACAGUUCACCCUUCGUUCAGCCUUUGUAGGGCACUGCAAAACCCAAAGGAGACAGAGGCUGGCCUCCCCAGUUUGAUGUGGGUUAAGAGUUGAAAGGAAACACCUCAGGAAGAGGCCAGCAUGGAUACUGGGGGAACCUGUGAGGAGAUUGUGGCAGAAUACCAUCUCUGUCUCUCCCCAAACUCUGCUAGGUGACAGUUUGGUUACCAUGGUCACUGCAGAGGGCAGAAACCUCUGGUCCCAUCUGCUUCAGGUAACCUUGAGUUGGAACUUGAGCUCCAUACAUUUCUGAGGGUUGAGGGAAAACUGCUCCCUCUGCCUAUGUGACUGGCAUCACAUACCUGGGUGGGGGGCUUAAGCUCCCUAUUGUUCCAAGCAAUGCCAACAUGACUGGGAGGGGACUGGAGCCCCUUCCAGUCUACCUGGCAACCAGUGAUGCGUUUCAAAUAGCUUGGCUGGCACCCAACAGUUGCUGGCCUUCAUUGGAUCGGGUAAAUGAGGUCAUAAGGUCUGUAUAAGUAAUGGAUUGCUCAGGAGGAGGGGCAGUAGGAUGAUGAGAACUCAGAGAGAAGCUGGACCAUCUGAAACUCCCUCUUUCUCCUGAAACUCAUAAUCAAUGAACUCCAGAGAGAAUCUUCAUCUGCCUCUUUUUAUUGAUACAUAUGAGUAAACUACUUGAGAGCUACCUAGAUACGUAGCUUGCUGUAACAUAGAUGCUCUUUGCUCUAUGAGAUUUCUUUGAUUUUGCUCUACUCUGUAUGCUAUUCCAAACGUACUCGUAACCAAUAAAGUUCUUCGUGUCUA